ACCCGUACACGACCUUCGGUAUUUAAAUGCAAACUGGUUGCCUCAUAUUGCAACCACCGCUGGCUAACUGGAUAUGCAGGGCUGGUUUCAAAAACAUUUACAUAAAAAACGUACUAUCUAGUUCGAAUUAAAAAAUAAAAAUUAAAAAAAAAUGUCCUCUUCAGCUAAUAACAAUUUAAUGUAUAAAAUACAUUUAUUAAAUUUUUAUCACCCAGCAAGAACCACGUGUAGGUAUGAGGACGUUUUGCCAAAAAUUAAAAAAUAACACGCAUAAGUGAAUGAAAACUUAAGCCAACCCUGAUUACAACGGCACGAAACGGGCACGAGUCAUAACCGAACCAGACUUCCAGACGCAACUGACCAGUUUAACAAGGUGUUUUUUUUUGCUGCCUCCAAAAUAAAAUUGGUCGACUCUAUCGUGCAUUUUUACGACUGAGGACAAAAAAAGGGAUUCUAAGCGAUCGCCUGAAGCGAGUAUUAUAAAAAUUGAACCAAGUAUACUUCACCAGAGGACAUUCUGCGCAGCUUGUUUCCUACCGCGGAAUUUUAUUAUUGGCCAUUCCUGCAACUACCACGCUGUGAAAACUCCUCCAAGUUCGAGAAGAUGGCGCCAAAACACCUCUAAGUGGGGAUAUUCACACGAGUUCGAUUCCACUCCAGAUUCAUCGCUCUUUUACGUCGAAAAGCCAGUGUGAUUGGACGUUUUCACACACAAGUUCAGAAUCCUCCCCACUGUCUGAUAUUCCACCGGUAAUCAAUAGCACAAAUGGCUGCCGGCAAUAGUAUAUUCGAAGAUGGCUUAUCACUGCAAGACAUGAUGAACGAUGGCCUUGGACUAACUUACAAUGACUUUAUAAUCCUCCCAGGAUAUAUUGAUUUUACACCGGACGCGGUUGACUUGACGACUCAAUUGACAAAGAAAAUUACCCUGAAAUCGCCUCUUGUAUCGUCACCCAUGGAUACGGUCACAGAAUCCUCAAUGGCUAUUGCAAUGGCGCUCUGUGGUGGUAUCGGAGUUAUACAUCACAAUUGCUCGCCGGAAUAUCAGGCAAAUGAGGUACUGAAAGUAAAAAAAUACAAACACGGCUUUAUUCACAAUCCGUUUGUGCUGUGCCCGACAAAUACGGUUGCCGAUGUUCUAAAAAUAAAAAGAGAGCAAGGAUUUUCGGGCAUCCCUAUCACUGAAGAUGGGAAAAUGGGUGGGAAACUUGUCGGUAUUGUUACUUCAAGAGAUCUCGAUUUUCUUGAAGAUCAAAACUACGUAACCUCGAAGCUCGAAACUAUAAUGACAAAACUGGAAGAUCUGGUAACUGCACAAUCUGGAGUGACCCUCCCCGAAGCCAACUCCAUCCUUGCCAAAAGCAAAAAAGGCAAACUCCCAAUAGUCAACGCCGAAGGAAAUCUCGUCGCUUUAAUGGCCCGAACUGAUCUGAAAAAAGCCAAAAGUUACCCCACAGCAUCCAAAGACGACAACAAACAAUUGAUAGUUGGGGCAGCCAUUGGAACUCGCGACGAAGACAAAGAACGUCUCAAACUUUUAGUCAAUGCUGGAGUCGACGUUAUUGUUCUCGACUCUUCGCAAGGCAACUCGAUUUACCAAAUCGAAAUGAUCAAAUACAUAAAAAAAUCGUACCCAAGUUUGCAAGUGAUCGCCGGAAAUGUUGUUACUGCCAAACAGGCGAAGAAUUUGAUCGAUGCCGGCGCCGAUGCACUACGUGUGGGAAUGGGAAGUGGGAGUAUUUGCAUAACACAGGAAGUGAUGGCGGUUGGGAGGGCUCAAGCCACGGCUGUGUAUAGGGUUUCGCAAUAUGCGAAGAAAUUCGGGGUGCCUGUUAUAGCAGAUGGGGGGAUUCAGUCCAUUGGACACAUUAUCAAGGCUUUGGCUUUGGGAGCUUCCUCCGUGAUGAUGGGGUCUAUGCUAGCCGGUACUUCUGAAGCACCCGGCGAAUACUACUUUUCGGAUGGUGUGAGAUUAAAGAAAUACAGGGGAAUGGGUAGUAUUGAGGCUAUGAAUAGGAAGGAUGCUAUGGGUUCUGCCAUGAAUAGAUACUUCCACAGCGACGCCGACAAACUAAAAGUGGCCCAGGGUGUUAGUGGAAGUAUAGUUGACAAGGGAUCUGUUUUCCGCUUUGUUCCGUAUUUACAAUGUGGAAUUAGACAUGGUUGUCAAGAUAUAGGGGUUAAGUCUUUGACUAAACUAAAACAAUUGAUCGAUUGUGGAGAAGUUCGAUUUGAGAAGAGGACACAUUCAGCGCAGUUAGAAGGAAAUGUUCAUGGUUUAUUUUCGUAUGAGAAAAGAUUGUUUUAACAUAAGUUGCCGAGUAGCCAAACCAAUUUGACCCAUUUAUGUAAAAACAUUGUCGAUCUGGUUUGAUUACACAAAUGACGCGGGAAUUGUGUUGUAAAUAAAUUCUUAUGUGAUAUAGGUACUGUCGGUGUCGCAUUUUCUGAUAUUUGUAAAUAUUGUGUAUUUCCAACAAUCUGCGUUUAUCACUUUUAAACAAUUAUUUUUGUUGAAAAAGUAUUAUAGAAAUUUUAAUACAAUAGAAACAUAUUUAUUUAAUGCUGUAUUUAUAAGUAAGUGUACGUAUAUAAGUGAUGUACCUAUAUUUUUUAUAUUAGUUAUGUUUUAUUAAAAAAUUAUGGAAAUGUU